AUUUCAGCUAUCCAACAGAACAACCUACCACCUUCGACUUCGACUUCCACAUCCACUGUAAAAUCAAUCAAUUGGCAGCAAUCAUGGAUAUAGACGACGAUGAUGACUUCUACGCCCCCGAAGAGCCUACAACACAGGCUGUCGACAACGCUUCAGCUCCCGGCCUCGUUGUUACCAGUACUACCACAUCCACCGAGCCGCUAAAGCAGCAGCAGCAACAGGAUGGGGACUUAGAGGAGGGCGAGGAGGAAGAUGAAGGCGCUGAGAUGGAAGAUUCCGACUCGGACAUAGAUAUCAUCACCGAACGCAAGGACGGCACAAAGGCCGCCCCACCAACGCAAUCGCGCUAUAGCGACAUCAGAAAUAUUCCUCAACGGUCCACCUCCGCCGACACUUCGACAAAGCCACCCGUCAAAAAGGACGAGUCGUCAACAGGGACUUCCGGCGCCGAACUCCCACCCGUCUCCACCUCCACCAUAGAUGUCCAUGGAGUCCCUAUCUACAAUCCCGUUGGCAAGCCCAUCACUCAGGUCAACAUCGAUCAAGACCUUCCCGAAAAUGAUAAGCCUUGGAGGAAGCCCGGCACUGAUCUUAGCGACUAUUUCAACUACGGCUUCGACGAGUUCACCUGGGCCCUGUAUGCCGCUAAACAGGACAAUGUCCGCGCAGAAUAUAGCCAGGACGCCAUUGCCCAGAACCAAAAGAAAAUGAUGGAAGAGAUGCAGAUGAUGAUGAUGGGAGGUAUGCCUGGCAUGGGAGGCGCCGGCGCCACUGGCUCCAUGUCUGGUAUGCCUGGUAUGGACGGAAUGCCUCCCGAGUUUCAGGCCAUGAUGCAGCAGAUGAUGGCCUCGGGCAUGGACCCCAGCCAAAUGGAUCCAUCAGCCAUGACCGCCAUGUUUUCGGGGAUGCAAAACUCCGCUGGCGGUGGUGUGGCGGGCCAGGGUGGCCAGAACCAGAACUUUGGCGCUGGCGGUGCCGGCAACCAAGGCCAAAACUUCGGCUAUGACCAAGGUAUGGGACGUGGCGGUGGUGGCGGCUUUGGUCGAGGCCGUGGCGGUAGGAGGAAUUGGUGAAAAUAACGAAAGUCCUAUCUUCUCCUUAUCUCAACUAUACCGUCCCAAGCAACUCCUCUGGAGCUUGCAUAGGUGUCUUUAAAACAAGGCAGUUGCACAAACUCAUGUCAAGGCUGAGGCUUCUCGUCUAUGACUACGACUAGACAUUAAAGUGGUUGGCCAGCAACUUGCUACAAUAACAUUCAGGGAUAUGGCAGUUGUCGUCAUCAGCGAUAGCUUGGUAUACAUCCGUACACAUGCCAUCACACACAAGUCGGAUGCCAAGAGCUGAAAGAAGACCAAGCAAUCACUCAAAACUCCAUCUUCAAUACUACAGCUAAGGGGUUACAAUCUUGCUGAACUAGAAGGAUUGUAUAGCAAAGGGAUGAGAAAAAAGUCUCCCAGUGUCUCCUGGCAGCUCUGGUGGAUCAAGCUAGUUGAAGCAGCCUUGGGAGAUAUGCUGUACUUUCCCUUGAAGUGUGCGUGCAAGCAUACCCAAUGGCUUGUUCAAUACUAAAUAGAGUGUUUAAGUAUGCAGUUGGGUUCCUAGGUGCAAAUAUAAAACAUAAUUCUCAACCCAAGUAAAUCAAUUUUCACAUA